AAACACUACAAAGGUUUUAGUGUUGUGACACAAUCACGCACAUGUGAGCGCCGUGGCAUUUAAUCUUCACAGGCAUCACCAUAUGGCUCCCAUCAGCGCCAAGAAAGCCGACCCUGACGUCUGUGACGCUAAAUCACCAAGGAGAAGGGAAGUUCAAAAGUACAAUGCUGGUCAACUGAUGUUUACAAGGGUAUAGUACCACAGUGUGCUCUGAACACUUUUUCAUGCAGACAGAAGAGUUGUAUUUGUACACUUGGAUUAGACGGCAGACCCACAAGUGGAGGAGAGCAGGAACCACAGAGGAAACUGUUGUUGGAGCGUAGCGGACCCGAUGAGCGAGAGGACGUUGUUUGCGCAGCUCUUGGUGGGGCUUCUCCUCAGUGCCAGAGGUGCUUGCUGCCCCAUCGAGCUGAGCCCCCCCAGCAUUGCGGUGAAAUAUGGAGACCCCGUGUUGGUCAACUGCAGCACGGCAGACAACCUGUACAAUGGGAUGGGCUGGGAGGUUUCGCUGGGGGGGACGGGCCUGAAGAUGACCCGCCAUUUGACCUGGAGCGUAGACGCGCUGACUACGUGGAAAAUCACGCCUCACUGCUUUCUCAACCCGUCACCGGGAAGUUCCAGAAAGCAGUGCUCCAAGAAACUCAACGUUGUCGUUUACACGUUCCCAGAAAGUAUCCAUAUCACACAUUACGGUCAUGCAGUCAAGAGUGUUUCGGUAGAGAAAGGACACCAGCUUAAAUUCGAAUGUGUCAUCGGCAACAUAGCGCCCAUUUACAACGUCACUGUAAGGUGGUACAGCGGCGAAACAGUCAUCAAUGAAGAUCACAAAGCAGGAUCUUUGAAGACACCUGUUGAUCUGACCUCUGAAUUCUAUUACUGGUCAUUAAUGGAAGAGAAGAUACGAUGUGAGGCACAUUUGGACCUGAGACCAGAUGGACCAGUGUUCAAUGUAUUUUCACCAGAGUUGAAUGUCUCUGUUUUUUAUGGACCAAACUUUGGGUGCAAUGACAGCAUGUGGUUGGACGAGUAUUCUUUGCAGACUCUAGAGGAUAUCUGCCCUGUGACGGGCAAUCCCACACCUGUAGUCAGAUGGCUGAAAGACGGGAAGCCCAUGAACCACUCUGUCCCCGUGACAAGGGACUACGCAGGACAUUACACCAUCCAAGCAGAAGGCGCUCAGUCUGUCAACAAAACUCUUCGCCUUUUUGUGCUGGUUGACGAUGUAGAGCUGAUGUGUCCACACAACUUAACUAUCAUGGAGCACACUCUUUUUGGGGAAGGCAUCCCCUGCUCUGUGAAAGGCUUUCCUGAACCUCAGGUCACCUGGUACAAAGACGGAGAUGAGGUGGAGUUUCCUGAGGUCCUGACAAGAUAUGACGCGGGGCAGUACGUAGUCAUCGCCUCCAACAAGUACGCAAGUGCCAACGCCACAGUGGAGCUGGACAUUCAAUACAAGCCUUCACCAAUAGAGGAGCUGGUGGACGUUGUGGCUGAGCUCGGCUCUGACGCGUGGCUGAAGUGCUCCACCAGAGGCAACCCGCGGCCUGAAUACACGUGGACUUAUGCCAGCGCCCCAAAUAUAUGUGAGAUCAUUGAGGAUGGAGUGUCACUUUUACUAAUCCGGAAUGUGACUUUACACAACAAAGGCUCCUACGUGUGCCACGCCAGGAAUGAGGCAGGUGAUACUUCUGGAAUUGCUACAGUCUUUGUAAAAGCUCCCCCACUUUGUGGCCAGACAGAAUUUUUAUGUGGCUCCGUUUGUGUACCGGAAAGUGCCAUCUGCAAUGGAGUGGAAGACUGCAGGGAUGGGUCGGACGAGACCCUGGAUUUGUGUUCUCAGUCAGACAAUGCACCCAAUGAAUGCCCCAUUAGGAUACACCCCGAGACCCUGGUGCUGCAAUACAAAAGCCAAGGCCAGAAUGUCACAUGCACACCCGCAUUCACCGGCUCCAGAAAUGACAUGGAAGUAUACUGGUUUGAUCGGCACAGCAACGGCAGCAUGACUUGGUCUGCUGACACACACCAAGACUGGGAGCCUCAUCCUGUCUGCUCUGCUGUGCUCCACGGGAGAAGAAUGUGCCAGAAACAUCUAAACUUCACUCUCUACAAAAUGCCAGACAGCGUCGUCAUCCGUUCCGAAGAGAACUCGAGUCUUCUGGAGGGUACCAUGUGGCAGCUGCAUUGUGACAUCGUCAGCGUGGCUCCCGUGCAAAGCCUAGCUGUGCGCUGGUAUCACGGCAAUGAAACAAUUGAGCCGGUGUUCAGAGGGCCGCUGAGAUUGGCCGACUGCCCGCCCGAGAGUGAGCCAAACGCGACAUGUGACAUCAGCGCGAUAAGGACGCCGGUUAACGUGUCUUCUAGCGCCAGCAUCCGUCUCAACAGAAAGCUCAACGGAGAAGAUUUGAGGUGCGAGGUGCAUUUGGAGCUGGGAGAAGAGGGGCCGCAGCCGCCUCCCUCCAUGAUGUCCCGUCCUGUCAGCAUCACCGUCUACUACAAACCCAUCAUCAACACCACAAAGCUCCCGGUGGUUGUCCCGCUCUUUCGAGGUUAUCCUGAGGAGCUGGUCUGCGAAGCCGAUGGUCACCCACCUCCAGAGAUCGAUUGGAUACACACUGCAGAUGCCCGUGUCUCAGGAGGCAACAUCACGGUUUCGGAGGGGGGCCUGUACACCUGCAAGGCCUCCAAUUACUUAGAUGUGGUCCUCCAUGAGGUUGAAGUGAUUCCUAAAGAGGACUACUUACCCCUCAUAGCUGGAUUAGUGGCAGCCACGGUGGUGAUCAUCUCCGCCAUCUUCGUUUUCAUCUACUCCAUCUACUACAAGAACACCAAGAUGCGGCGCUACAGCCUGAAAAACCCCAAACUCAGCACGCACAACGGCAACGUGGCCCACAACGGCUGGGACCUACAGUUCCCUAUGACCAUACUCUCGGCUAACGUGUUGCGCUCACAGACCGCGAGCGACUCUUGUCCACUGGAAACGAGUCUUGCUAAAGUGGUGGUGCCGUUCGGCGGUUCUUUCUCCGUCACCUGCAAGGCCUUAUCCGACCAAGUGGAGGGUAUGGGCUGGGAGUCUCCGUAUGGGGGCACAGGACUGCAGAAGGGAGUGUCCAACGUCACCAUGCAUGUUGCCGCCUGGAGAGGCUGGAGCGUGUCUGCAAUCUGCUUUGCCAAUUUCAGAGAUGGCUCUCAGUGCACCAAACAGUUUCCAAUCACUGCUUACAAAAUGCCCGACAGUGUGACCAUUGGUGGUUUGAUAGAGCCGAUGCAGGAGGGCACAACGUACCCCCUGUCUUGUCACGUCGUUCAGGUUGCACCUUUACAUGAGGCCACGGUGGAAUGUUUCAAAGGAAAUAGGAGCAUGAUUUCCUACACACACAGAACAGUUGAGUAUAAAGAGCCGGUCAAUGCCACAUUUGACUGGCAAAUGACAGUCUUCAGAGAGGAUGACAGAACACAGGUGUGGUGUGAAGCAAGGCUGGACUUUGGGCCAUCGGGACCCAUACUUCCUGCCGUAUCUUCGGAGCCGUACGAGCUGUUUGUGCUUUACCGGCCCACCUUUGAUGAAUCUCACGAGAACCUGUCACUUCCCGUUGGGGGCAACAUGACUUUAAAUUGCACCGCCUCGGGAAACCCAGCGCCGAGAUACAGUUGGACUCUCCCGGUCCCCUUGAAGUUGGAGACAGAAAAUCAACCCAUUUUGACCUCAUCCUUCCAGCAUCCCGGCACAUACCAGUGCACCGCCGCGAACUCCCAGGGCGCCGCCACCAAACUCUUCACAGUCAGCGAAGCGCCAAGGGAUCGGACAACCUUCGCAGCGCUGUUGGGAGUGAUUGUGGCCCUGGGAGUCGUCCUCGUCAUCGUCGGCCUUUUAUUUGUCACUCCCCAAGGAACGUUUUCUUUUAACAAGGGCAGCUAUAGUAGGGGACGACCUACGUCAGGUCCUGUGACUCCAGCGCUGUAUGCUCAGCCUGCGUUGCCACGACAACCUGGCUCUGAAUCGUUUCGGCUCAUUUUUAUUGCGGGGGAAAUCGCGCAGGAGUUGAAGUACAUAAAGUUCUUACUUGGAGCAUCAGGUGAUGGUUGCUCCUUAAUCCUCAAGCCCCCCAGGGUAGUGGUGGGCUUCGGGGAGCCAGUGUCGGUCAGCUGCGAAGCCGCCCGGCCUGUGCGCGUUCUGGGCUGGGAGUCGGCCAUCAGCGCGGCACACACUCAGCAGGGCCAGAGCGUCCAGUGGAAGGUGGACAGCCUGAUCGACUGGAUCGAGGAGCCCAUCUGUUACGGGGUGUUCUUCACAGCACCUCGCCAGUGCGAGGAAAAGCUCAACCUCGUCCUCUACAAGAGCCCAGACAGCGUCACCAUCACGACUGUGAAUCACACUGGACCCAUGGUGGAGGGAAAAGAGUACCAACUACUCUGCGAGGUGCAGAACAUCGCUCCUGUUCAGUACCUCAACUUGAGGUGGUACAGGGGCCUCACUGAGGUGUAUAACCGCUCCUUUUCUGACCUCACAUCUUCAUCGCCGGUGCAAGUGUCCUCCAUCCUGGUCAUCACGCCCACUAAAGCCGACAACGGCGCCCAGUACAGCUGUGUAGCAGAGCUAGAACUCGGUCCGGAGGGACCGCAACCACCUCCGACUGUCACCUCAGAGACCCUGACAGCAUCUGUGUAUUUUUCCCCAGUGUUCCAAAGUCCUGGACCAGAAAGUGUAGACCUUACAGAAGGUGCUGAAAUGACACUGAACUGCACCGCCACAGGAAACCCGGCACCUCUCUACAGCUGGCAGGCCUCCCAGCCCGUGCAGGAGCUGAGGGUGGAGGGCGAUGCUGUGCUCGCCUCCUCUUCCUUGCUGCCAGGAACCUACACCUGCACCGCUUCCAACACGCUAGGGAAGAAGAGCAAGCAUUUCACAGUCAAGGCCAAGGAAGUCUAAAGAUGCGCUCGUGAAGGCGUGAACAGCCUCUUCUUGUUUGGUUUGCUUUCAGGUUUGAAACAACCAUCAGGACACACUGUGGGGAGUCUUAAGACCCAACACAUGCAAUAUUUAUGCUUCAUUUGUCACUAUUCUAACAUGAAUGGGGUGUAGCAGUUACUGUAUUCCCUCAAAUAGUGACCUCCACUCACUUAAAUAAAUAAAUGCCUCACAUCAAAUAAACACUUAACCCCAUUGUUUCCCUUUCAGGAAAAAAAUGACAGGUGCUACCACUAGGGGGUUGUAAUUACCUUUACUAUGACUGGUACCGCCACGUAUCCAUCUUUACCAAAACGCUGACGUGGCAUCUGUAAAGCUGACAUUUACGAGAGAGAGCGAUGCUUGGAUGCAAUGUGGAGCAUUCCAGAGACCAAGAAAGAAUACAUGAUUUGAAAACAGCACAAUGCUCCUGUCAUAGAAAUCAAACAGAAAAUUGAGCAACUGUUCAGUUAUAUAAUAAUAUAAUAUACAAUAUAAUGUAACAAAAUAUAUAUUUUUUUAGAGGGGUGUCCAAAGUGCAGCUCGUUGGCCAUUUUGCAGCUCGCAGAACAUUGUAGAAAUACAGUUAAACAAAAAAAACAUCUAAAAUAGGGGAAAAAAGGCAAAAAGGAAUAAUGCAACGAUAAAAAGCUGAAAUGUUGGUAAGUAAUAUUUUUUUUAGCCACAUCAUACUAUAAAAAUGGCCCUGCAGCCUUUGAUUUUUUCAGUGUGCGACCCUCGCAGGAAAAACUUUGGACACCCAUGCUUUACCCCAUUAGACGCUUAUUGCUCUCUGUAGUUGAGUAAAUAAAUGCCACUUCGUGUCAUAAUGCGGAAAAUGUGUUUUUCCCUGCCAUUUUCUGUCACAAAAUGUAAGUUAUACUGUUUUCCAUAUUGAUGAAAUCACCUCGUUCUUAUAUAUUAUACAUGUGUUCUUUCUUUGUUUUAAAGUAGAUUGUGUUUGUAGAAACGAUAGCUUGGUUAAUAACAAGCAUUUAAAAAAAAAAAAAAAGUGGGGACUGUUUAAAGUGAGGCUGCAAUAACUAUAAAAAAUGGUUAGUUUGUGAAUUAACAUGAUUGUCAUCCUGAACAGUUGGAAACCAAUUGUCAUGUGCUUGUUUUAUUAAA